CUAGAAUUCUAGAAGUGAAUUCGAUGUACACUUUUUUUUCUUCCCAUUUUAUUAAUAAUCACUGACCCAUAAAAAUACUACAACCUAAAUCCUAUGUCGUGGUUUCUAAUAGCGGUGGCGUUUGUCGCUGCCGUCGUAUCUUACAAGCUAAUCCAAGGGCUGAGAUUCAAGUUCCCACCAGGGCCACGCCCCAAGCCGAUCGUCGGUAACCUCUACGACAUAAAGCCGGUCCGGUUCAGAUGUUACUACGAGUGGGCUCAAACUUAUGGACCAAUCAUAUCGGUCUGGAUCGGUUCAAUCUUAAACGUCGUCGUAUCUAGUGCCGAGCUAGCUAAAGAAGUCUUGAAAGAACACGACCAGAAACUCGCCGACCGGCACCGGAACAGAUCAACCGAAGCAUUUAGCCGCAACGGUCAGGAUCUUAUAUGGGCCGAUUAUGGGCCUCAUUACGUGAAGGUGAGAAAAGUUUGCACGCUUGAGCUCUUCACACCUAAACGACUUGAGUCUCUCAGACCUAUCCGUGAAGAUGAAGUCACCGCCAUGGUUGAAUCCGUCUUCAGAGACUGUAACCUUCCUGAAAACAGAGCAAAAGGUUUACAACUGAGGAAGUACUUAGGAGCGGUUGCGUUCAACAACAUAACGCGGCUAGCGUUUGGGAAGCGUUUUAUGAACGCGGAAGGUGUUGUGGACGAUCAAGGGCUUGAGUUCAAGGCCAUAGUAUCCAACGGUCUGAAGCUAGGAGCUUCACUGUCGAUAGCUGAACACAUCCCGUGGCUCAGGUGGAUGUUUCCGGCCGAUGAGAAGGCAUUUGCUGAGCACGGGGCUCGUCGCGACCGCCUCACGAGAGCUAUCAUGGAGGAGCACACUUUGGCCCGUCAAAAAUCUAGCGGAGCGAAACAGCAUUUCGUUGAUGCGUUGCUUACGUUGAAGGAUCAGUAUGAUCUUAGUGAGGAUACCAUCAUUGGUCUUCUAUGGGAUAUGAUCACGGCAGGGAUGGACACAACAGCGAUAACAGCGGAACAUGUUUCUUGUGGUUUAUCAUUGAAAAACUUUUGAUGAGAUUAGUUGUAUCAAUUCUCUCAAGGAUAAGUAAAGAAGCCAUCUUCUUUGUCAUUGGGUUUACUAUUUAUGAAUAGAUGCAAUGUUGUAUA